GAUCAAGAUCAUAUUGAGUGUUGAUGGUCGUGGGACCAGUGUGCAUUUGUGGUUUAAGAGGAGUAACCGCGGAUCCCAACUCGACAAUGCUUCCAAUCCUUUGAAAGGAGAGAGAGAAAAUAGUGACUCUUAUGACAGAAGAAAUAUAUGAUCUGAAAUGACUUCACUAAGAACAAGAUCUUUUUUCUUGGGCAUGAUUGCAGCAUCAGUCACAUGGGCUGUAGUCAUCUACCUGUAUUGUUCACUGGUAGAGAAUCCUGAUUAUAAAACAGACCAGGACAUUAUUGCCCAGGAUGUGGGAAGUCAUUCUGUUCACAAAGACCCUUCACAAAGAAAUGAUGGAAAAUACUCCAAAUUCAAGCAAGUAAGGGAGAACUUUUUUGUACUAACUAAAAGUAGAAGAGGUGAUAAAGAUAUCAAAACAUUUGAUAUAGAAACCAAUAAUGUUAAUAGUGAGAAAAGAAGGUUAAAAAAUAGCUUAAAAAAACAUUUCAUCAAGAACAUUAAGGAAGAAACUCAAGACAUGGGAGGUAGAGAUGGACUGCUAGUGUCAAGUGAUCCACCUCUUGAGGAACUGGGGCUUGUGAAGACACACAAGGAUCAAGAGGAAAAAGAACAAGGAUAUAGGCUGCACGCAUUCAACUCUCUAAUAUCCUCACGCCUUUCACCACACCGCUCAGUACCAGACACCAGAAAUAAAAGGUGCAAGGAUAUUGUGUAUCCAGAUCAGUUACCAUUGGCAUCCAUUGUCAUCUGUUUCUUUCGUGAAGAACAUGCUGCACUCUUACGUAGUGUUCAUUCCAUUCUGGAUCGCACACCUUCCCAGUUCCUGCAGGAAAUCAUACUAGUGGAUGAUACAGAUGAAGAAAGCUAUCAUGAAGAAGUAGAAAAUGAGAUGAGAAACCUGAGUGAAAAAAUCCGCAUCUUGAAGACUCCUCAACAAGAAGGUCUCAUUCGGGCUCGGGUGUUUGGGGCUCGUCACGCUGUGGGGCAGGUGCUGGUGUUUUUGGAUAGUCAUGUAGAGGUGAAUGUUGGAUGGAUUGAGCCCCUGCUGGCACGUGUGGCAGAAGACACUCACCAUGUAGUCACUCCAAUCAUUGAUGUCAUCUCUCCAGACACUUUCCAGUACAGCCCGUCUCCUUUGGUGCGUGGAGGUUUCAACUGGGGGCUUCACUUUAGAUGGGACACCAUACCUUCAUCAUAUUUUGCUGAUAAAAGAAACUUUGUCAAGCCCAUCAAGUCCCCCACCAUGGCAGGAGGUCUCUUUGCCAUGGAUCGCAUCUACUUCAAGGAGCUUGGAGAGUAUGAUACAGGAAUGGAUGUAUGGGGUGGAGAAAACCUGGAAAUGUCAUUCAGAAUAUGGAUGUGUGGAGGACAGCUGGAGAUAAUGCCAUGCUCCAGGGUGGGGCACAUCUUCAGACGUCGGAGGCCAUAUGGAUCAGGCAGUGGACAAGACUCCCUGCUUCAUAACUCUCUUCGUGUGGCUCAUGUCUGGAUGGAUGAAUUCAAGGAAAAUUUUCUCAAGUCACGUCCAUAUGCAGAAAAAAUUAAUUAUGGGGAUGUAUCAGAAAGAGUAAAACUUAGAGAGAACCUGCAGUGCAAACCUUUCUCUUGGUACCUAAACACUGUAUACCCUGAGCUAGGGUUGCCUGAUGCUGGAGGCAAGGCAGGAGGUGGUGUCAGGGAGCAGGCUGCAUUGGGUGUCCGGCAAUUUCAACCGUGGAAUAAAAGAACAAGGAAUUAUACCCAUAAAUGGCAGAUUCGAUUAACAGGAACCAACUUCUGUGUAGAAUCUGAAGACCAUCCCUCUAAAAAAAGCUCAAGACUAGUUCUUGCUGAAUGCUCAGAGUGGGAGCGUCAGAUUUUUCAUCAAACUGACCGUAAUGAACUGGUUCUGGCGCAGCUUUUGUGUUUGGAGGCCACAGACCACUUUCCACUUAACAAGAAGUGUCAUGAAUUGGGAGGGGCACAGGAAUGGAAAGUAAAAAGUCAGAUGGGAAUUCCUCUUUACAACUUGGCCACUGGGUUGUGUGUUGCUGCAGAAGAAGUGCGGUCAGGUGCAUCCAUUAUCAUGAACAUGUGUUCAACACCCAAGUUAACAAACUGGGAUCUAGUGGAUGUUGCAUAAGGUGGCCUUGCUCUCCUAUCAGGACCAGUUUCAUUCACAUACACUUAAUAAUACUCUUAACUUCAUAAACUUGGUUCUUCAUCCUCUCUGUUCUUCACCCUCUCAGUAUGGCCAUACCAUAUCAGUGUGUACCUGACCUUAGGUCAAGGAACAAAAAAUAGCUUACAUUUUGUAGCCAACAAAUGUCUUUCUUAUGUUUAUAAGUAUUUACUAUGAAAAUAAAUAUUUCCAUACAU